GUGGCAAUACUUCGAUAAUAAAAAAGAAAGAGGGAAAAUUUACAAAACAAAAAUAAGGUAACCAUGGAGAGCACUACUGAAGAUUGGAAUCAAGGAAGGCAGCUACUUUUGCAGCGCUGUAAAAGUCGUGCUUUAAGCUGCUUAAAUGAACAUGAAUACAGUCGAGCGUUUGCACACUUUAUCGUAGCUCUGACUGUUGAACCUUCUGUGAAAGGAGAAUUGUUAAAUGCCUUUUUAUUUACAUUGGAAAAAUUAUCUGAGAAAAUGGAAAAGGAAAAGCAAGUAAAUGAAGUUUUGAUGUGUUAUGAACAAGCCUUGGAUGUUUUACCUCAUGAUUCUCAUGUUUUGCAUGGUCUGGCCACUACUUUAUUUCGCUUGGGAUAUGUUGAAUGUGCUCUUUCAUAUUUUUUGAAAUCCUACAAAGCGAAUCCUUUUUUCACUCCAUCUCUUUAUUGCAUGGAAAAUUUAAAAAAUGCAUUGGUGGAAAGGUGGCAUUUUGUAAUGUUGAAUGAUAAAGAACGUAAUCUUGCUUACAAGCGAGCUAUAAAGAGGGCAGUUGAAAAUGGCCACAAGCGGGUUUUGGAUAUUGGAGCUGGUACUGGCAUUCUAAGCAUGAUGGCUGCUGAUGCAAAUGCUGAAAAAGUAUAUGCAUGUGAAGCCAGUGAAAUCAUGUUUGCUGUUUUGCAAAAUGUGGUAAAAAUGAAUGAAAAAUCCAUUCAAGUUUUUCCAAAAUUUUCGACAGAUUUGGUUAUUGAAGAAGAUUUACCCGAAAAGGUGUCUCUAAUUGUCACUGAAAUAUUUGAUGCUGGAUUGUUUGGUGAAAAUAGUCUAGAAACUUUGGACCAUGCUUGGGAAUAUCUACUUGAAAAAGAUACAGAAGAUCUUUCUCCUGGUGAAGAAAAUGAUGUUUCUCCAACAUGCCCUAAUCAUCUUGAUAAAAGUGAUGUAAAUGUUUGUCGAGCAAAAGUUAUUCCAUAUUCUGCUGAUGUAUAUGUUGUUCCUGUGGAAAGUGAGCAUUUUCGCAAAGCUUUCAAACUUGAUAAUAAAGUUAAGCAAGCACUUGAUAUAAAAGAAGAUGUUAUACCCCAAUAUUUGGAUGAAGAACCUUACUCUACUGAGAAGAUUUCCAAUAUAAAAUUCAAAUACUUAUGUGAACCAUCUUGCAUUUUGAAAGCAAACUUCAAUUCUCCUCAGGAGAUUAAAGUUCUGCUGCAAGGAAAAAAUUUAAAUCCCUCAUACAAAUGCACUCAAAGUGGGAAUUUAGAUGCAUUUGUGAUGUGGUUUAACUUGCAUUUAGACGAUAAAGAAACCAUUUCAACUGCUCCAAAAGAAGGCUCAGAUAGUGGUUGUUGGGAACAAGCCAUAUUUUAUGUUUUACCUCAGUAUUUGGAUGGUGUCUCUUUAUUUUGCAAUGUUGGAGACAACAUUGAAGCAGAAUUCCUCUGCAGGGGCCAUUUCCAAUUGAAAAAAGUGAAACUUCCCAACUCUGUUCCAGCCAAUAAUUUCAAUCAGAAAUUAACAAUGGACCCUUCUUUAAUUAAUUAUUUGAACUCUUACGGUACAGGAGAUAUUAUCAACUUGAAUCUCAAGGACAUUUCUCAUGUAGAUAAUGCUUCCAUUUUGGAUAUAUCAACAUUCCCCUGUCUCAGUUUAAAAUCCCUGAAAGAUACUUCAAGUGUUGCAGCUGUACUGAGAACGCAGUACCAGUCAGAAAUUGAACAACUUCGAGAUAUGUAUGGAAUUUCCCAUGACAGACUGUCAUUUAAAUCAUAUGAAGAUUUCUGUAAUUCAAAACUGCAGUGUGAUUUUUUGAUAGUUGAUCCUGUUGAACUGUGUGGUUUGUUGAAGAAAAACUUGUUGGAGGAUGUAACUGUUUUAAGGAUGCAGUGUUUGAAGGAUUCAGGACUUGUUGUACCAGGACAAAUAGAAAUUCAUGCCAUUCUAGUUGAAAGUGAAACUCUCAAGGAGCACUCAAAACUGAUUUCUGAUGAAAGGGUAGACGAUUAUAAAAUUUCUCAGAUAAUGAAUGCCUAUAAGUGCCAGAUUCAUCAAGAUAUCCAGUUUUCAGCACUUCUUCAUCAAAAGAUCACAGAACCUUUUAAACUGUGCACUAUUGAUCUGAACAAUACAUCUGAAAACGGAACAAAAUCUUUCUUCAAAGACAGCUUUAAAACUGCUGAGGUGGAAGUUGCAACUAGUGGUAAAGUGACUGCUGUGAUUUAUUGGUUUGCAAUCAAAUACCAUUCCUCUUACACAGUCAAUACUUCUGAUCCCGACAGUUUAUGGAAGCAAGCAGCUUGUGUUUUGGAUGAAGAAGUACAAGUCCAGAAAGGUGAUAAAUUGUGUUUACAAUAUAGCCUUAAAAACAGCUGCUUCCAGAUUGGUAUUGCUAAUCAGUAAACUCUGAAGUAGCUCUUGAUAUCAUUGUUGAUGUUAGAACAUUAUGCAGCUGUUGCAGGUUCCAGAAUGUGUUUAUUUUAAAAAUAGAUAAAUAUUUUAGGAAAUAUUUCUGCUUUUAAGUUGAGGAAAUGUUGAUGUUUGAUGUUGAUAUCUGCAUUUGCUGAUUCAUUUGUCUUGAUAAAAUAGAAAAAUAUUGCAAUGUUUAGAGUUGAUGCUCUUCCAAAGUUUGUUAGAAUUGAUGUCCAAAAUGAAAUAUAUAAACAAUGGCAAAAAAAAAAAAAAAAAAAAAAAAAAAGAAAUGCUUGAAAUUGAUGUAAAACUAAUAAUGAAAAAAAGAUAUGAAUAGGUAUAUGUUCUUCAGUUGUAAAAAGCAUUGGUGUUACUUCAGCUGUUACAAAUUUAGCAUGAUUAACAUCUGCACAGGCAUAAUAUUCAAAUCAUAUUCAUUAUUCAGAAAUUAUUUAUUCAAGAUUAUUUCAGUACAUAUCAUUAUUUUUACUUAUCUAGUCAUUAUUUGGUCAUUUAUGCCUCUAUAGGAUUGUUUGAUUGCUAUCCAUUACUGCUGAAAAAAAUAUUUAUUGUUAAAAUAAAUGUAAGCAAAAUUAUGGUUUGUCAGGUAUGGUUAGUAAAAAAAAUUUCUUCAAAAAAAAAAAAAAAAA